UACGUCACAGAAAUGCGACGGGCGAACAGAAGGGUUGUAAAUUUCAUGCGUGACGACCAACAGAAUUCCUUUGAAAACAUAGUGGAAAGAGAGCAUUCUUCGACACCUAGACACGUCUUUUAAAUGGUUGGAUAGUAGCACACCAGGAGCUGCAGCAGGGAUGAGGAUCCAGCUGCAGGGUCCGGGCCACGCCGCCAGCCUUCUCGCUCAACUCAACAGCUGCCGCCAGUCGCGACAAUACUGCGACGUGCUCCUGCAAGUCGGCAGCCGCAGCUUCGCGGCGCACCGAGCGGUGCUGGCCUGCGCCGGGACGUACUUCCGGAACCUGUUUGCCCGGGCUCCCCCCUCGCCCACGGCCGCCUUCUCUUUGGAGUUCAUCUCCCCGGCCAACUUCGAGAAGCUGCUGACCUUCGUCUACACGGGGGAGAUUUUGACCGACCUCAUAGAUGUCGGCGUGCUGUACGAGCUGGCCGAGCGGCUGGGCGUCGUUGAGCUGGUGCGGGCCUGUCACGCCACCUUCCCCGACCUGCAGGCCUCCGUGUCCGCCAACUGUAUACCGGGGAGUCCCGGAGACCUCCCCCCGAACUCCAGCGUGGUCGCCGCCGCCGCCGUCGUCGGUGCGGCUUCUGCGUCCUCCGCCUGCUCCUCCGCCGCCUCCUGCUCCUCCCUGUCUUCGCCCGCGGCCCCGACCCCCGCGGCCGCUCCCUCGCCUCUCUUCCAGAGCAGGGCCGCCGGGGCCGGCCACGACGCUCGCCCCGGGGCUCUGCCUCUGGACCUGAAGGAGGAGGACCUGCAGUCCCACGUCGGCUACGGGCAGGUGGCGGCAGGUCGGCGGACACCGGGACGACGCAGUCUCCCGACCGCCGGCCUUUCCGGUCGCUGUAAUGGCGCGCUGCCCGCGGCUCCUGUUCUGCAGCUGAAGGUCGAGCCGGGCCUGGGCGUGGACCAAGGCGGCUGCGAGGUCAGAGACACGGGUGGGCAAAAGGUGUCCCGUUUCACGGGAGGUACUCCGCCCCGGAGCUGCGCCGAGGCGGCGUCUGACUCCUGCUCCUUCCCAGGCUCCUCGGCCCAGCUCGGAGCCGAGGCCUGCGGCCCGACGCCGUCGUCAGGGGAGCCUUUAGGCGGCCUGCGGGUGGUGUCCGUGGAAGGCGGCAUGGUGGAAGUACAGAGGGAUGGCAGGCAGGUGUUUGAAAAGGUGGAGGAGGGAGGGGAAGUGGAGGAGGAGGAGGAGGAGAGGGAGGAGAGGGAGGCUCUGAAAGGAAACAGAGCCAUGGAGGGAACGGAUGAGGAGCAGUGGAGACAGCUGGCAGGAGAGAUCAUCGAGCUGAGCGACGACGAGGACUUCAUGGAGGAGGGAGACGAGGAGGACGAUGGAGAAGACGGGCUUGUGUAUGUGGAGAACGGCGGCGGAGGGGGCUCGAGCGGCCAGGCGGCGGGGAACGGGCUGCCGUGCAAGGCCUGCGAGGCGCUUCUCCCGGCGGACCCGGAUGCCAUCCGAAGACACGCGGAGACCCACCUGACGGAGCUGGGGCUCUGCAGGGUGUGCGGGGCCUCGUUGCCGGACCGAGACGCCGGCGUCGCCCACUCGCUCUCCCACGUCGGCGUGCAGCUCUUCACCUGCGACAUGUGUCACUCGCAGUUCUGCAGCCAAAACAAACUGCUGCGCCACCACCGCCAGGCGGCCACCGGCUACGCGAUACCUCAGGUGGCGCUGACCAGCAGCAGCAGCCAGAGCCUCGGCCCCGAGCUGCAGUGCGCCGUGUGCACCAAGACCCUCAGCAAGGACUUCCAGACGGUCAAAGACCACCUGCUGAGCCACGUGUGUCCUCAGAGCCUGAGCUGCGGCGUGUGCCACCUCCCCCAGCUCUCCCUGUGCUCCCUGCUGUGGCACGCCCUCGCCCACCUCACCCUGCCCGUGUUCACCUGCCCUCACUGCGCCCGCUGCUUCGUGGAGCGCUCCAUGCUGGACCGGCACAUGGCCGCCCACGCCGAGGAGGCGGCCGCCAAGGAGCGGGAGCGGCUGGCGCUGCGGGCUUGCAGAGUCGGGGCGGGCGGCGCCGCGGGAGAGGAGGAGCUGCAUUGCUUCCUGUGCCCGCAGGCCUUCCGCUCCGCCUCCGCCUUUCAGUACCACCUCGGCCUGCACACCACCGAGUCCCCGGGGAGCGCGGGAGGCGGCAGGGCCCACGGCUGGUUGGGCCGGCGUAAAGCCGACCCGACUCCGGAGGGCCUUCCCUCUUCCACCUCCUCUCUACGGGAGGCGGGCAGCCUCGUUAAAAUGAGCAACAUGGGGCUGGGAAUGAGCUUCGGCGUGCCGGAGAAGUUUUUUCAAGGGGCGUUGCAGGGGCCGCCCCCCGGGGUCCCGGCCAACGGGAACUCCGGGCAGGACGGCGGGGCGGCGGCCGGCGUCCGCGGCAAAUGGUACCGGUGCCGCUACUGCGGCAAAUGCUUCGCCCACUCGGGGGAGUUCACCUACCACCUCCGCAUCCACACCGGGGAGAAGCCCUACCAGUGCAAAGUGUGCCUGCGCUUCUUCCGAGGCCGCUCCACCAUGAUCUGCCACCUGAAGACGCACGCCGGGGCCCUCAUGUACCGCUGCACCGUCUGCGGCCUCUUCUUCUCCACGCUGAAAAUGGUGUCGUCGCACAUGGAGCUCCACACGGACCGCCUGCCGCCGGACUUCAACAUCGAGCAGACCUUCAUGUACAAUGAUCACUCUAAAGAGCCGCUGCCCAAUGCGGACGGCUGACGUGGGGCCCCCCAACCCCCCCCCCCCCGGUCCCUUAUACCUCUCUCUGACUCUGACUCUGGUUGUCGUGGACCACACACUGCAUUUAAUAGAAUAGGGCUAAAAUUGGUGGUUGUUUUCAUUAUUCAUUUAAAAGAAAAACAUGUUUUUUUUCAUCGUUUACUGUGUAAACUUUUUUCUUUUUAACAUUGUUGCUCCAAGCAUAAGGUGACAUCCUCAAACACAUUCUUUUCUCUUCCAAAACCCAAAGAAAUUCAGUUAGUAAAGAGAUACGAGAGGGUAAAAGUCUGUUUGACUCAUCGCUCAUCAAUGGGACUUGUAGAAUGUAGUGGACAUUUUCUCUGUCCGGUGCUGCGACCUCUUUGACCUAAAGAUCAAAAGAAGCCGCUUUGUGGCGGUGUGUCAUGUGACCGAAGGGAGGCGGGCGUCACGCUGCACUCAUUUUUAUGUCAGUGGUUGAUAAAUAUUAAAGUUGCGCCUCAUCGUAGCAUAGAAAUUAUUUUCCUAGAUUUGCAGCCACUUGUUUUCACACUUUUAGGUCUUGAAUGUUUUUUCAGUCCAGAGAUACAUGACCAGAUCAAAUAUUGAAUUGGUCAUUUAUACAUACAAUCACCUUUUUGUUUUAUUUGUAAAUGAAGAGAUGCUUUUUAGAUUCUACUAGUCACAUGCAGCAUUCCUUU